GGAAGAUAGCCACAGUGAGCUAGCAUCAGUGUCUGACUGCAACAGACUAAACGCUCAUGAAACCAUCAUGUCAACAUCGCCCCGUGUUGUUAGGGUGUGACUUUUCGUCGUGUGCGUGCGGAAAAACGCACUGAAAUGUGAGCCGUUGGCUUGGCUUAUUUUAGCUUAGCUUAGCGCGAGGACAGACGGGGGGGACAUCGGUGUCCCUGAGCAGCAGCAGCAGCCUGUCUUCGGAUGUUAGAGUGUCAUAAAAAAACAACACAUCCCUAAACCACCUCGGUGAGCUGAGCUGAGCUGAGGUGAGGACAGGACAGCAGCUCCCGGCUCAAGUGUGAAGGCAGCGGGGGAGAAGAGCAGCAGCAGCGGCAGCAGCAGCGGCGCCGCAUCACCAUGAAGUUCACGGAGCAUCUCUCCGCUCACAUCACCCCGGAGUGGAGGAAACAGUACAUCCAGUAUGAGGCUUUCAAAGAGAUGAUCUAUGCUGCUCAAGACCAGGCUCCAUCUGUUGAAGUCACCGAUGAAGAUACAGUCAAGAGGUACUAUGCCAAGUUUGAGGAAAAGUUCUUCCAGACAUGUGAAAAAGAACUGGCCAAGAUCAACACCUUCUACUCUGAAAAGCUGGCCGAGGCUCAGCGGCGCUUCGCCACGCUGCAGAAUGAGCUGCAGUCCUCGUUGGACGCCCAGAGAGAGAGCACGGUGCAUGGGCGGGGCCUGAGGAGAAGGAAGACGGUGUUUGCCCUGUCGCAGCAGGAGCGAUGCAAACACAGAAACAUAAAGGACCUUCAGCUGGCCUUCUCCGAGUUCUACCUCAGCCUCAUACUGCUGCAGAACUACCAGAACCUGAACUUCACAGGUUUCAGGAAGAUCUUGAAGAAGCAUGACAAGAUUUUGGAGACACCGAGGGGGGCCGACUGGAGGGUGGUCCAUGUCGAAGUGGCUCCAUUUUACACUUGCAAGAAAAUCACACAGCUCAUCUCGGAGACGGAGGCGUUGGUCACAACAGAGCUGGAAGGUGGUGACAGACAGAAGGCCAUGAAGAGGCUGAGGGUCCCUCCACUGGGAGCUGCACAGCCUGCUCCUGCCUGGACCACCUUUAGAGUUGGACUUUAUUGCGGAGUUUUCCUGGUCUUAUUGGUUUCUGUGGUCAUCACAGGAGCUGUGGUGAUUGAUAGUGAUGAUGUUUGGCCUAUGGUCAGGAUCUACAGAGGAGGAUUCCUUUUAAUAGAGUUCCUCUUCCUGUUAGGCAUUAACACGUACGGCUGGAGACAGGCAGGAGUCAACCAUGUGCUCAUAUUUGAGCUCAACCCCAGGAACAACCUGUCUCACCAACAUCUAUUUGAGAUUGCAGGUCUGCUGGGUGUGCUGUGGUGCGUCAGCCUGCUGUCGUGUCUCUUUAGGAACAGCAUCCUGGUGCCAAUGCAGGCAAAUCCUCUGGCUCUCUACGGCUUCUUCUUCCUCUUCCUCAUUAACCCCCUCAAGAUGUGCUACUACAAGUCACGCUUCUGGCUACUUAAACUCCUGUUCCGAGUGGUGACCGCCCCGUUUCAUCGCGUAGGCUUCGCAGACUUUUGGCUCGCUGACCAGCUCAACUCUCUGGUGGUGGUUCUGAUGGAUCUGGAGUACAUGAUCUGUUUCUACAGUUUUGAACUGGACUGGAAGAAACACGACGGACUCAUCAGCAGUGAAGGUAGAGACGUGUGUAAUUCAUACUCCUAUGGCGUCCGUGCGGUGAUUCAGUGCCUUCCUGCGUGGUUCCGAUUCGUCCAGUGUCUCCGACGUUACCGUGACACCAAGCGAGCCUUCCCUCACCUGGUGAAUGCUGGGAAAUACUCAACAUCUUUCUUUGUCGUCACCUUUGCUGCCCUGUACAAGACGCACAAAGCCGAAUCUCACGCUGAUACCCACAUCUUCCUCUACUUGUACAUCUGCUGUUCCGUGAUCAGCUCAUGUUACACACUGGUGUGGGAUCUAAAGAUGGACUGGGGCCUGUUUGACCGCAACGCAGGAGAGAACGCCUUCCUGAGAGAGGAGAUCGUCUACCCUCAUAAGGCGUAUUACUACAGCGCUAUAGUGGAGGAUGUGCUGCUGCGUUUCUCAUGGACUUUGACCGUCACCCUCAACACAGUCUCUGGCUUUCAUGGCAUGUCUGACAUUCUGACUACUGUGCUCGCCCCGAUGGAAGUCUUCAGGCGUUUUGUGUGGAACUUCUUCCGACUGGAGAACGAGCACCUGAAUAACUGUGGUGAGUUCAGGGCCGUCAGAGACAUCAGCGUGGCUCCGCUCAACGCUGACGACCAGACACUGCUGGAGCAGAUGAUGGACCAGGAGGACGGAGUCAGGAACCGACAGGGAAAGAAGAACUGGAAGAGGAGCUACAGCAUGAGUCUACGUAGGCCACGGCUCGCCUCACAGUCCAAAACCCGUGACACCAAGGUUCUGAUAGAGGACACGGACGAUGACUCCUGACAUCAGGCCACGCCCCUCGCCUGGGUGCAGAAUUUGUUCAAAGGAGGGAACUCGACCUCCUAACCGACAAGUUACCCGGCGAGUGUGGCGUUGAAACUCUCAACAAAAGGACGAGUUUCAAACUCUCAUGUCUACAUAAUAUUAUACGUUUUCAGUGCAGGAGCCUCUGCUCGGGUUCACACUCAAACGAAAUAAACUCGAUUAAACACACCCAGCAGAGGGUCAUCACACUCCUCCUCCUCCUCCGACCUUCGUGAGGCUUUUCACUUCAACUCCACCUCACACAAGCAGCAGAUGACAAACCUGUGUCUCUGACUCCACUUCAGCCUCGGCCUCGCAUGAAUGGAACGCAGAACAUUUGUCCUCAGAGACAGCAAGUGUCCCCUGCUCCCUCACGGUGCCACACCACCACUCCCUCACAGAACGAGGCCGACCACUCCGAGUUGACCGCUGCUGAAAAGUUCCCCUCCUCCUGCUCUCAGCUGCAGGAGAAAGGCCUAGAAUACAUGAAGAACCAUUUAAACCUCAUGUCCACCUGUAAUCUGGAUCCUGGAGUGGACCUGAAUGGGAAGAAAAGGGUGACAGACGUUCGUCCCCGGUCUGACGGCACAGUGUUCCUGCACAUUGACACUGUCGCUGCUCUACAGCUUCAUCACAGAGCUGCCUACGUGCACCUUACAUGCUUCACACACACACACACACACACACACACACACACACACUUGCACUUUGUAGGAAGUGUGAGGUGAUUGCCUAUAGUGUGUUUGAACUCACACCCAGUGAUUUUAAUGUUUUAUUGUUCAUGGACAUGCAUAGCUAGAGAAAGCUCACACACACACACACACACACACAUACAUACACAUACAUACAAAGAGAGACUAUAUUAUUUGUAGUGGUUGUAAAUAAGAAAAAGGACCAAAGCAGGAGGUGGUGAUUAGUGUGAGAACACCAAACAGCAGUUUUUGUUUUCAGGUCAAGGAUUGUUGUCUUAUUUGUCCCACAGAAACUUCCAGUCACACCGUGUGACGAAGAAUCCUCCCUUUGGAAUAGUGAAACUUUUCUUUUUUUUUUUUGCUGAAUGUUUGCCAACAUAUUUAUGUGUGGAUGCGUGGGAGAGACACCCGGAUGUACCACCUGUGUGUCAACCCAUUUAGGUCAGUCCGCUUUUGAAAAACUUCAACAACAACAACAACAAAAAAGGAGUGAAGAUGAAUCCCAAGGGAUUUUUUUAUUUUGUUCCCUGAAAUCUUGAUUAAAAAAAAUGAAGACUAAAUUGAAAAACUGCUGGUUAAUGAAAGAGUUCUUGACGUGUGUCAAACUGGUUUGUUGAUGAUGAAAAAGGGGGUGUGGCCUGUCUGUCACAGUGAAAAUGGUGACUGUGAGUCUGAUUAGCUGUUUUCACUGAUCACCAUGUUACUCACCUUUGUUGUCAGGUUAAUUUGAAACUAUAAUUUAGUAUAUAUAUAUAUAUAUGUGUACAUAUAUAUAUAUAUAUACUACAUAAAUAAAUAUAUGUGUUGCGUUUAAGUAAAUCUUUAAAUAUUUCAUCCGUGAUGUGGGAUCGUUGUGGCCUACAAGUUUAAAUAUUGUAUUUGAGAUUAUAUUUAUUUUUAUUCCUGAACAUUGUUUUAUGUGUAUUUCAGUCUUUCUACUGUAUGCACUAACCUAAGCCAAACUCUUACAUAAUAGUAGUUUUAAAGGUAUAGUUCAUGUUUGGAUGUUCAUUCUCACAAAACAUGAGGCUCACCAAAUAAAAUCUACACCUGCAUAAGUUAAUGAUGUCUUAACAAUACGUUAUAUGUACAUAUGUUACGUUAUAUGACAGAAAACUAAAUUUAAUAACCACACGCUCUCCUGCACCAAAGUCCAUAGAGAAAAUGAGUGAUUUUUACCUCACAUAAUACAUUUGUGUCAUUUAGUCAAGUUUCAAACACCAAAGUCACUUAAUAACAAAUUUAAAAUGUUGUAGUGGAGGCAGUCGUGAAUGAACAGCUCGUGUGCUGUGAUGUAAAGUUGCAGAUUUUCUCUAUGGAGUUUGGUGUGGACAAGUGAGUGGUUUAUAACGUGACACAAAUUUGAUGUAGACAGAAGCAGUGUGGGUUUUAUGAGGUGAGCCUUUAGUUAAAUUGGCUAAAACUGAGUUUUGACAUGAGUUAGGAGAGAUUAAACCAAACAAAUGCAUAAAAAGAGUCUUAACCUGUAAAGCACAGAUGUCACCUCUGGAAAUGCACUUAGUUACAGGUCACUUCAUUCCCUCACUGUUUUUGUUCUAUUAUUUUCCAGCUGUUGUAACUUGAAAACAUUCCAGCAAACUCACUGGUUCCAUCCAAAGAGAAGGGUUCAUUUUUAAUUUGUUCUUCAUGCAGGACUUUUAUGUUCUUCUUCCUCAGGUUUUCACCUCGACACGUCUUCCUUUAGACACGUGCACAUUUGAAGCAAUGUUACAUUACGCGUUUGAUGUCGUGUCCUGCCAGAGAUCUUUUGUGUUCCUUCACUAACACAACCAAAAAAAAACCAAAUCAAAACUUCAUGUUACAUGUGUAGUUUGUUAUGAUUCUGUACAUAUGAUUUUCUCCCUCCAGCUGCAGGCAGGCUGAUGAAGCUCUGAUUGGUUUGACUUUAGUUUGGAGUUCUCUCUGGUGUCUCUACAUUCCAGAAUGUGCCUCACGCUCCCAUUCCACAGGCCAACACACCUCACUGUAAAGAUGGCUGACACUGUGACAGACCACGCCCCCCAUGUGAGUCUAAUUCCAUCCACGGGUAGAAAGGUAGCGCUGGGUGACGACCUUUAAUCUCCACACCUGAGGGAAUGUGUGUUUUUGAUUUUCAUUUCUCUGAAUUCGACUAAUUUCACACUUUGACGACAUUUUCUUUUUAAGCUGUAACUUAAGGUAUAACUUCUUAAUAUUGUAAAUCCUUCCUGUGCUGAGAACCAGCUUGGGACACAGACUCUCACUCUCGGUGAAAACAAGGCUGCACACAGGGAAGAACUGAGUUUAGCUGUUUAACUAAAGGCUCAUCUAAUUAAAAACAAUCUCCACCUUUAAUGUCUUCAGACAUUGUUUGCUAAUUGAUCCCAUUUGUCGACAACCUUCCCCUGACAAAUUGAAGUUUGAGCCUCUUUGUAAACCACUCACACUCCCACACUAAAGUCCAUAGAGGAAAUCUAAUCAAUUUUACAUACCAGCACACCUGAUCCUGUUUCUGCCUCCAUCAUUAAGUGCACAUAUUAUUGUUCUUCAUUUGUUUUGUUUUACUGAAGUGGCAACAAGUUACCAAAGGAUACAGCAGUAGACCAGCAGCUCCUGUUUCCCUUAUGAUUUUCUCUAUGAACUUUGGUGCAGGACAGCAAACGUUUACAAACUUAGUUCUGAAAAUACUGUUGUAAAGUGGUGAAUAUGCUCUUGAGGCAUAGUUAAAUUAAGCAGCCUUUGGUUAAGUGGGUUAAGUCUGUUUUUCCUUGUGUCCUUGCUGCCAAAUAUAUCACAAGGGGGCGCACACAGCACAGUGUCUCACGCAGCCACUCUUCAAAUUAAAAAAUGAUUUGUAUAAUUUUGCCAAAUGAGAUAACAAAACCGCCGUCACCCAGCACUAAUCACAUCUGGUGGAAGUUCUUUGAAAAUGUCUUAACAUUCUUUUUAAUUUUAUUUUUCCUUUUUGAAAACAUGACUCUUUGUUGUCACCAGGCCUGUUUUCUGUUUGUUUUAUUUCAUUAAGUCACAACAAUAAUACACAUUGGGCCUCAUGCAACAAUGUUGUAUAUACAUAUGUGAAGUUUGUGCAAAUGUUCUACGUCACCUUCCCCAGCCUCUCCUCUCUGGACACACUGAUGAACGUCCUUAUUCACCGAUACUCCAGGAAACGUAGUUUAUUUAAUUCAAUUAAUGUACAUUACUGUUUUAUAUAGUUUUAGGGUAAUUUUCACAUGUCAACGUGGGUGGCUCACAGUUUAUUCUGAGUCUGACUGGAGUUGUUUAGAAUUAUUAGUUCAGGAUUUUUUUUUAAUUGCUUCGUAUAAGGUUCUUUUACAUAGUCAGACAAACCUAGUUUUAAUAUAUUAUAGACUUAAGAAGGUGUAGAUUUUUGUCUACUUCCUGCAGCCAUGUUUUCAUUGAGAGCGAGCUACCACGUCUCCGUGUAGGGGGCGCUCACAGCGCAGUCGCACAACUCUGUCAGUACCGUAUACAGUCUAUUUUAAGGAAGUUGUUGUUAUGGAAGUAUAAACGAUGUCACGGUCUACCUAGAAGGGAAGAACCAUUAUGAAACCAUGAACACAGUACAGCAACCAACAUGUCAUCAUUCACUAAACUCACUAGAGGGAGCUGUGGAGUUGUCUUACAGGAGGACACUUGUGCACUAGCCGUGAAAAGAAGUGACAGAUUCUAUUAAACCAAUUGUGUUUGUGUAUCAGAGGAAACUGCAUGAGGCCUAAUGUCGUUUAUUCCUCCAGAGCUGAACAUUCCAAACUUUAAAUUUGGUAAAAUCUAAAUUCGGAUCACUUAUUUUUAGCCCACUUCAAUAUAAACAUUUACAAAGGAAUUAUUUAAAAACGAUGAUAAAUAGUCUGCGUAUUUUUGGUUAUUUGAAGCUUAAAGCUGCUGUUGGUGAAAUAAUUGAGUUAAAAUCUAUGUUAAAUAGCAAAAUACAUAAGUCUCUUGCAUAUUUUCAUGAGUUACCACGUAGUUCAACUUCCUCGCUCACUUCCUGCCCCUCCCACUCCUUCACUCGGAGCUUGGGAUUAGCUCAUGCCACAAAAUUAAUAUAAUAUAUAAUAUGAUAUGAUAUAUAUUAUAUAUAUUAAGGGAAUUGAGUACAACCGGCCUGGGGUGGAGCUGGGAGAUGAAUGCGUAAUUAGCACGUACUCUUGUCUCUAUAUUGACUUUGUGUGUAAUCUGAUUGGGCAAAAAAAAAUACAGGAAGUUGGCCAAAAGAUAAUGUCAUUGACAGUAGCUUUAACUAAAAAUAAGAUCCUUAUUUGGUCGCGUAUUUCACGCUUACCUCUCAUGGCCACCGGGGGGCCACAGCUCACAUUCUGGGAAUGUACUGCUCUAGAGGCUCCUCAUCCAGAAACACUGUUUAAUGAUGUUUUUUAUUGUUGUGCAUUAGAAUCAUGUGUGGCAAAGAUGCUGAAGAGUAAUAGUGAUGCAACAGAAAGCUGAGGGUUCGCCGACCUCUGACCCCAAUGUCUGUACAUUUGCGUCAUCAGGAAAUCAUGUUGUUGUUGUUUCCCAACGCCGUGUUUUUCACUCUGCAGGUCCAGCGUUGUUGUUUUUUUUGUUUUCUUGUCACGUGAAGGAUUGUGACAUUCAAAAGUCUGAUUGUGUAAAACACAAGGCGUCUGGUGAAUCCCUGGUCACCACGUCUGUUGUACACACGAACACACAAAUGCACAGCAGUCAUCGUCCUCCACAAGACUGGAGGACGAGAGUCCAGGGACAGAGAAAGCCAUGCUGUUGAUACAAUCAUAACGUCACCAUAAGCUUCUUCUUUCUUUCUACUUCAUCUUCUCUUUUUUUUUUCCUUUGGACUGAGAGACUCUGAGGAGACGAUGCCUGAACAAACGCGACAUCCACUGGAGCUUGUUGACCCUCCAGAGCUGUUGAUUAUACAAUCCAUUACUCACGGACGAUUAUAUUGAUUAGGAGCGUUGUAUAAUCGGUGGCUGUGCUGUGGGUGUUGUCUUGUAUUUACAGUAGCAGUGUGAUGCUACACCGGUGCCUGGUUCACCAACCCCUGUUACAGUUUUUCAGUAAAAACAGCUCAGUCAUG